CACUCAUCCACUCCUUCGCCAUGGCGCCUUCCACCCUCUCCUUCCUCCCCGCGCACGCACAGCCCCUCUCCCCCCUUCACCCCCGCCGUCUCCACCGCCCAAGCGCCGCGCCGACCACUCCCAAACCCCUCACACUCGCCGUCCGGUGCGCCGCGAAGGCGCCGGCGAGGCCCAUCCCGCCGCCGAAGCUGGUCCGCUGCCCGGCGCUGGACCGGCAGGCGGCGCGCGCGAGCCGGCUCCGCUUCGCCCGCAAGCUCCUCACCCUGCUCCUCUCCAAGCCGCGCGGCUUCCUCCCGCUCCGCGUCCUCCUCCGCUGCCGCCGCUUCCUCGGCCUCCCGCGCCGCCGCCCGCUCGUCCCCUUCCUGCUCCGCUACCCGACCCUCUUCCGCCUCUUCCAGGCGCCCAUCUCCCGCCCCCUCUCGCCCUCCCUCUCCACCCUCGCCGUCGCGCUCACCCCCGCCGCCCACGCGCUCGCCGCCCACCUCGCCGCCCUGCGCGGGGCCGAGCUCGCGCCGGGCCUCGCGGAUAAGGUGCACCGCCUCCUCCUCAUGACUCCCCGGCGCAGCCUCCUGGUGUCGAAGCUCGCGCACAUCGCCCCCGACCUCGGCCUCGCCAUGGACUUCCGCGCCACGCUCUGCCCCCGCCACCCGGACAUCUUCACCUUCGCAAACACCUCCCACGGCCACGCGCUCCAGCUGGUCGACCCACCGCCGCCGCCCCCUUCACCGCUCCCCCCGCCGCUCCGCCCCGCCGUGCAGCCCGACCGCCUCAUCGACCGGCCGCGGAGGUUCCCGCACCUCCCGCUCCGCCGCGGGCUCAACCUCCGCCGCGCGCACCGGGACUAUCUCCUGCGGUUCCACAGCCUGCCCGAGGUCUCCCCGUUCGAGCCGCUGGAGGAGGGCGCGAGCGCGGAGAUGGCGGAGCGGCGGGCGUGCGCGGUGGUGCGGGAGGUGCUGGCGAUGACGGUGGAGAAGCGGACGCUGGUGGACCACCUCACGCACUUCCGCAGGGACUUCGGGCUGCCCAACCGGCUGCGCGCGCUGCUGGUGCGCCACCCGGAGCUGUUCUACGUCAGCAUCAAGGGCGUGCGUCAUUCGGCGUUCCUGGUGGAGGCGUUCGACGACGAUGGAAGGCUUCUAGUGGAGGAUGGCAUGCUGGUUGGGAGGGACCGGCUGGAGGAGCUUGUCCGGGAGGGCAAGAAGAUCAGACGGGCUCGAAAGAAGGGUGUUUUUCCGGUUGAUGGCGACAGUGAUGAGGAUGAUGAGGAAGAAGAUAAUGUUGCAGAGGGUUUGUCAGAGGUGGAUGGUGAAUCUGGGGACCUGUUUGAAGAAGACAGUGUCGCUGGGGAAGGCUGGAAUGAGGUGGGUGAUGAAGGCGGAAUCGAGGGGGAUGGCGACGAAGAAGAUGAUCCUGAAGUGGAUGCCAUGGAGGAGUUUUGGGUGAAGAAGGCUGCAGCAGAGGGGCUGGUUGACAGUGGCACCGAGCAUGAUGUUUGGUGAGGGAUUGUUGCCCAUGGUGUUAUUGAGGACCACGAAUUGCUCAAAUGCAUUGUUCUCAGCUAUCUAUGGUAGCCAGAAGUAACAUACGUACAUAACUUUGGAGCCUGGAGAGUGAAGGUGAAGGUUAAUGGUGGUUCAAAUAGUAUCGCCUGUCUGAGGCAUAAAUUUCCACUUUCCUGUCCAUGGAGGCAUUCACCUCUAGGACAACAAUGUCCUCGCUUCUGUUGAUGCUGUCAGCACCAUCGACAAGGACGCUGUAGAGUCUGCCAUGACCACUCCCAAGCUACGACAUACAGAAUAUGGUUGUCAAUAUUGCAUCCUUGCACCUCUGGAUUACAGAAAUGAAGAACAGAAGUGGAAACUAAACCAGCACUCGAGGACUGCAGGAUCACCGCUCGUGAAAGCCUGCAAUUCAAGUGUUCCUUAUACUACAACUCAUUUGCAACUGCAGUAGGUGCCAAGAUACCAACAGGACCAGAGACAUGGACAAGCAAGCAAUCCUACAUUAACCUGGUAGAGUAUAGCCCUCCGAUGCGCUGUAACCGACGGCUCAAGGAACCAAUGUGCUCCACUGCUUUGUUCAUGCCUGGACCACUCUUUUGAUCAACCAACCGAAGAAUUUUGCUAGAAAAACAAGUGAUCAUGGAGUCCACAAUUGGUUUCCUCUGGAUGACGCCGACUUGCCGUAAAUUGUCUUUUGGUAUUGGAUCUUUGGACAACGCAGUCUCUCAGGCCUUAUGCUGAAAAUCACCAGUAAAUGUUCCCUCCG